UUCCCACUUUUCCCGUUUUUCCAGACGUUUACUGCACGGAACCUUUCCGGAUCCCCUUCGCCGGGAAGGUCCAGGUUUGCUGCUUCGAUAAAACCGGGACCUUGACCAGCGACCACCUCGUGGUGCGAGGGGUGGCCGGGCUCAGGGAAGGCAAGGAAGUGGUGCCGGUGUCGGAAAUCCCUCUGGAAACUCACCGGGCCAUCGCCUGCUGCCACUCCCUGGUGCAGCUGGAGGACGGGACAAUCGUGGGAGAUCCUUUGGAAAAAGCCAUGCUGACUGCCGUGGAUUGGACCCUGACCAAAGAUGAGAAAGUUUUCCCGAGGAGUCUAAAAACUCCGGGAAUGAGAAUUCACCAGCGCUUUCAUUUCUCCAGUGCCCUGAAGAGGAUGGCGGUGCUGGCUUCCCUGGAAAACGCCUCCGGAGAAAUCCGAUACCUGGCGGCCGUCAAGGGCGCUCCCGAGACCCUGCACGCCAUGUUAUCCCAAUGUCCCAGGAACUACCACGAGAUCCAUCGGGAAUUCUCCCACGAGGGCGCGCGGGUCCUGGCCCUGGGAUACAAAGAACUGGGAGCCCUGAGCCACCAGCAGGUGCGGGAGAUGAAGAGGGAAUCCCUGGAAUGCGACCUGAGAUUUGUGGGAUUCAUCGUGGUCUCCUCCCCACUGAAAGCCGACUCCAAGGCCGUGAUCCGAGAGAUCCAGAGCGCUUCCCACCACGUGGUGAUGAUCACCGGGGACAGCCCGCUGACGGCGUGCCACGUGGCGCGGGAGCUGCACUUCCUGCGCCGGGAAAGCGUCCUGAUCCUGCAGGAACCCGAGCCCGGUACCGGGAAUGUCGGGAAUGUCGGGAAUGGGAUUGGGAAUGUCGGGAAUGUCGGGAUUGGGAAUGAUGGGAAUGAUGGGAUUGGGAAUGGGAGCUGCACUUCCUGCGCCGGGAAAACGUCCUGAUCCUGCAGGAACCCGAGCCCGGUACCGGGAAUGUCGGGAAUGUCGGGAAUAUCGGGAAUGUCGGG